UUUUAGUAAUUUUUCCGGUAUUCGGUACUCGCAUCGCGUAAAAAUAACCGAUCCAAAAGUGAAGAGAACCACUCUCUCGUUCAUUGAAAAAUAAGUUCAAUUCACACGUGCAAUUCAACAAACAACACAACAAAUAUUAAAAAAUUGAAAAUUGAAAAGGAACGAAGAAAAUUAACUAGACAUGGUAAAGGUAAAUGAUCUGCCGGGGUUUCCGUCCAUAGAUAGUGGGGGAAAUGGUGAAGGCAGCGAUCUUCUCAAAUCUAAGCCAUCGGCAAAGGCAAAGAAAAGUGGGGGUUUCCAAUCGAUGGGUUUAAGCUACGAAGUGAUCAAGGGCAUAACAAAACGUGGCUACAAAGUUCCUACACCUAUUCAACGCAAAACCAUACCAUUGAUUUUGGAGGGCAGAGAUGUUGUUGCUAUGGCCAAGACAGGGUCUGGCAAAACAGCUUGUUUUCUGAUACCGCUGUUUGAACGCUUAAAGAGGAGAGAUCCGACAAAGGGAGCAAGAGCUUUGAUUCUAUCUCCUACUCGAGAAUUGGCUGUACAAACAUAUAAAUUUAUUAAGGAGUUGGGCAAAUUUAUGGAUCUAAAAACGAUUCUGGUUUUGGGUGGUGAUUCUAUGGAUUCCCAGUUUUCAGCCAUACACACAUGUCCGGAUAUUAUUGUUGCAACGCCGGGUCGAUUCCUGCAUUUGUGCGUUGAAAUGGACUUAAAACUGAGCUCUGUGGAAUACAUUGUUUUUGAUGAAGCUGAUCGCUUGUUCGAAAUGGGUUUCGGUGAGCAGUUAAACGAGACUUUGCAUCGUUUGCCACAGUCAAGGCAAAUGGUCUUGUUCUCUGCAACUUUGCCAAAACUUCUCGUCGAUUUUGCUAGAGCUGGUCUCAGUGAUCCGGUAUUGAUACGUUUGGAUGUGGAGUCCAAGUUGCCUGAUGCCUUAAGUCUGAAAUUUGUCUACUGCCGCUCUGAUGAUCGCUAUACAACCUUGGUCACAUUACUGAAGUAUGUUAUUCCACAAGAUGCUCAAACUGUGGUGUUUGCUGGUACGCAACACCAUGUUGAGCUUAUAUCAUUUAUACUUACGGGGUGUGGCAUAACCAAUACAUCGGUAUACUCCAGUUUGGACCCAUCGGCGCGUAAGAUAAACACGGCUAAGUUUGUCAACAAGAAGGUUUCGGUACUGAUUGUCACUGAUGUUGCUGCUCGUGGUAUAGAUAUUCCCAAUUUAGAUUAUGUCGUCAAUUUGCAUUUUCCUGGCAAACCAAAACUUUUUGUACAUCGUGUUGGACGUUGUGCUCGCGCUGGUCGUACCGGUACGGCUUUCUCCAUAUUUUCUAUGGAAGAUUCUGCUCAUGUAUUGGAUUUACACUUGUUCUUAAAUCGUGAAUUCAAUAUCAACGAUUCGACGGUAAUUGGUACAGUUCCCCAAGAGUUGCUUGAAGAAGAACAUCUAACUGUGAUGGAAAUAAAAAAGAACCAUAACAUUAGCGGUGUGUUGCGGACAAGUGAAAAUGCUUACAAAAAGUAUUUAUCUUCGAGGCCCGUAGCUUCUACAGACUCUAAUGCCCGUGUGAAAAAAUUGAAAUUUUUCGCUCUAAAACCUCUGAAUGAUUUCAUUGAACAAGCCAUACCAAAAUUGGCCGAUGCUGCAAAAUCAGGAAGCAAAAAAUCCGUUGAACAACUGGCCGAAGAAGAACGAAGACUACAAGAACAAAAACAUGAAUUACUUUUGCAAAUGAAAAGCUUCAAGCCACAUAACACAAUUUUUGAAUUAAAUAACAGUCAGAAGUCUGUGCCGUAUCAGAUUAUGAAGGCGAAACGUUCUCAACAUUCAGAAGUAAUAGAAAAAUAUCGUUCCAAGAUGGAAGAAUUGGAUAAGGAGGAAGAAACAAAAUUGGCAGAGAAAGUUAAACCAAAGAGAGAUGUAAAACAAUCGGAUGAGCCCAACGAAGAUGAAAUAAAUUCAGCAUUCAAGAAAGUGGUUGCACCCAAGAAACGUAAAAAUAUGGAUGAUCUUUACACAGAGAAGCCAAAAAAGAAGAAGGCAAAAACAAAUGAAAAAGAUUCGGAAAACUUCAUCCCAUAUCAAUCUGCUGACAAACACACUGAAGACGGUUUGGCCAUAAAUAACUUCGAAAGGCAAGCUAUGAAGGCUGAAUUCUCGGUUAUCGAUCGCGAAACCAAUGAAGUUCGCCAUAAGCCUGGCAUGAAGAAGUGGGAUCGUAUAAAGAAGAAAAUGGUUGCCGUUCAAGAUCCUAGGGCAAAUAAAAUUCGUACCGAAUCAGGAGCAUGGAUACCAUCGUCGUUUAAAACAGGUCGCUAUACAGAAUGGAAGGAAAAAACCAAAAUUGAGGAACAAUUGGCCAAAGAAGCCGGCAGUGACGACGAUACUUUCAAGCCGUUGUCCCAUGAACAGCGCUACCCUGUCAGUAGACAUGCCAGACACAAUGCCAAAGUUGAAGCGAAGAAAAGAGCUGGAGUCGGCGGCGACAAAGAAUUGCGUACUCCAGAGCAAAUUGUUAAGGCUCGCAUGCGUCUGGAAUUCAUUAAGAAACGUAAUGCAGAGAACACUGAACGUAAAGCGGAGAAUCGCAAGAGAAGUAUGCGCAAGAGUCAGAGAGCUACAAUGGGUUCAAAAUCGAAAAAUAAAAAGAAAUGAUUACAUAACUAAAAACAAUUAUGUACAUAGAUUAAUGAGUUUAUUUGUGUAGAAAUUUACUUGGAAAAUUGGUUAUAUGCAUAAUGUAUAUUAAUAUCGACAGAGAUGUCUCAUUUUCUUUUAAACUUUUAAUUCAAUUUCAAACUUGAAAUGAGGAAAGAUGCCUUGAUCGUUAAUAUGAAAAAAACGCCAAUCAAUUAGAAAA